ACCGCGCGCCCCUUCCUCGCUCGCUCCGGGCUCCGAGGAGGAUUCGACCAUGGACGGGCUCCGGGCUAGCGCAGGUUUGCUGAGGCGCGGGCGGCUGAGACGCCGGCGCCAGCCACAGUCACACAGCGGGUCGGUGCUGGUCCUGCCCUUGAGGCCCCGGAAAAUCCGAAGGCAGCUCAGGAGAAGUGCCGCGUCCCGCAUGGCGGCGCUGAGGGCCCAGACGCUGCCCAGCGAAGACUCGGAGGACUCGCGGGUGGAAUCGACAGUGGACGGUCCCCGGGACCCGCCGCCUGGAGGGGCGACGGCCACCCCGGAUGCGGCCCGGCGAGAGCCGCCCUCGCGCCUGGCGGAGGCACCCGCCGCCCCAGCCCGCUUGGUGGAGACCUCGGCCACGCUGGGCUCUGCCCAGCACUUGGCGGCCGCGCCCCCGUCCGCAGCCCCCGCCACGCUGUCGGGGUCGCAGGUGGACAGCACCGGCGGGGAGCCAGCCUGGAGCUCUCCGUUGCAGCGCGUCUUGGCCGAGCUUAACCGGAUCCCCAGCAGCCGGCGGCGGGCAGCACGCCUCUUCGAAUGGCUCAUCGCGCCCAUGCCGCCGGAUCAUUUCUACCGGCGCCUGUGGGAGCGGGAGGCGGUGCUGGUGCGGCGGCAGGACCACACCUACUACCAGGGCCUUUUUUCCACCGCCGACAUCGAUGCCAUGCUGCGCAACGAGGAGGUGCAGUUUGGGCAACACCUGGACGCCGCGCGCUACGUCAACGGGCGGCGCGAGACCUUGAAUCCGCCGGGCCGGGCCCUGCCCGCUGCCGCGUGGUCCCUGUACCAGGCCGGCUGCUCCCUACGCCUCCUUUGUCCACAGGCCUUCUCCAUCACCGUGUGGCAGUUUUUGGCGGUGCUCCAGGAGCAGUUUGGAAGUAUGGCGGGCUCCAACGUUUACCUCACGCCCCCCAACUCGCAGGGCUUUGCUCCCCACUACGACGACAUCGAGGCUUUUGUGCUGCAGCUGGAAGGAAGGAAACUCUGGCGUGUCUACCGACCCCGGGUCCCGACUGAGGAACUGGCCCUGACAUCCAGCCCCAACUUCAGCCAGGAUGACCUUGGUGAGCCGGUGCUGCAGACCGUGCUGGAACCUGGAGAUUUGCUCUAUUUUCCUCGGGGCUUCAUUCACCAAGCCGAAUGCCAGGAUGGAGCGCACUCCCUACACCUCACCUUGUCCACGUACCAGCGCAAUACCUGGGGUGACUUCUUGGAGGCUGUAUUGCCUCUGGCAGUGCAGGCUGCAAUGGAGGAAAAUGUGGAGUUUCGGAGGGGACUGCCCCGGGACUUCAUGGAUUACAUGGGGGCCCAGCAUUCGGAUUCUAAGGAUCCUCGAAGAACUGCUUUCAUGGAGAAGGUGCGGGUCUUGGUUGCCCGCUUGGGACACUUUGCUCCAGUCGAUGCUGUGGCUGACCAGCGAGCCAAAGACUUCAUCCACGAUUCUCUGCCUCCUGUGUUAACUGACAGGGAGAGGGCACUGAGUGUUUAUGGGCUCCCCAUUCGCUGGGAGGCAGGAGAACCGGUAAAUGUAGGCGCCCAGUUGACCACAGAAACAGAAGUGCACAUGCUUCAAGAUGGGAUAGCUCGGCUGUUGGGCGAGGGAGGCCAUCUGUUUCUCUAUUAUACAGUGGAAAACUCCCGCGUUUAUCACCUGGAAGAGCCCAAGUGCUUGGAGAUUUUACCCCAGCAAGCUGAUGCCAUGGAACUCUUGCUCCGCUCCUACCCAGAGUUUGUGAGAGUGGGAGACCUGCCCUGUGACAGUGUGGAGGACCAGCUGUCCUUGGCAACCAUGUUAUAUGAUAAGGGGUUGCUGCUCACCAAGAUGCCUCUUACCUGAACUAGUUUCUUGUUGAUGGCUGGAAACAAGGCGAUAGUGAUUGAUGAUUCUCUCUUACCACCUUGUUCUGGAGGGGAAAAAACUCAUGUUCUUACCUUGAGGACCAUCAUUGUGUGCUUAUGUUUACCUUUAGGACUGCUGCAGUGUCACAAAACUCUGAUGAUUGUUUAGGAACCACCACAUCUAGGCACAAACAUAAAAGCAGAAGUUGGAGGUGGAAAAAAGCUCUUUCUACCGAAGUAACCUCGAUCCCUGUUCAUUUCAGAAUACUAACUUAAUCAUCAUCCUCAGGCUUCAGUGUACUGUGUAGCACGUGCUGUCAUUCUGCUUGAGACAUUAGAAGUUUUUAUUUGGAAUUGGUUUGCAUCCUUAAUUUGAGUUCUCAUUCAUCAGUUUGGGGGAGGGUUGGAGUUAGUAUCCUGUUUGUUAUUGUGAGUUUGUAUGAAUGUUAAAAGUUAUUAAAGUGCCAAAGAAUGUUU